AUGGUGGAACAAGUAGCUAAGAAGCUUUCUAGAGUCACCCACAUGGACUUGAGCUAUUGCUGUAAUAUUAGAUCGCGAGGGUCAACUGCAAUAGGGAAAAACUGCAAAGGUCUUGUUACGUUGCAGCGUAACAUGCAUCCGCAGGACGUGUGCCCACAAGACGAGGAUGCGGCGGCAAUCGCUGCUAACAUGUCGAAAUUUAAGCACCUGCAAAUGAUUUUUAACUGUAAACGAACCAAGAGUGUGAAGAAGAUCAUUGAGAGUUGGCCCGAUCUCGAGGAAUUGGACAUGAGGGCGUGUUGGGACGUGGCUCUAUCCCCAUUGGCUCGAGAAGUUUGCUCCCAAGAAAUCCCUUCUUGUAUCAGCAAACGGUCACCCUGCCAUAUGGCUGACUGGGGAAUACUAGCGAUUUCGGCUUUACGAAUGCGAACCAAGAAUGGGUUUUUGGAGUUAGCUCACCCUCGCGGUAUCGCGACCUUUGUCCCGGCCAUUUAG